CCGUUUUGUUUCUCAAUGAGCACUUCAAAGUAGUGUUAAAGACAUUUUAAUGUUAGAGUGAUCUAGAACUAGAAACAGUGCGUUGUAUAUAUUAAAAAUAAGUUUAUAUAGAGAUAGAUAAAUACAUCAAAGACACGUGGCCCGAUGCACAGUUUAUUUUUACUGAUGGAUCAUUGGUCCACGACCUAAAUAGAAGCGUAUCUUGUGGAAUAUAUUUUUCUACUCUGGGAAUAGAGGGGGCCAUUUAUGCUAGAGCAACUAUCCAUAUUUGUAGCUGAAGCCUAUGCAAUACUAAGGGCUUUAACAAUUAUAUGAGAGAAACCAAUAUCAAAAAAAGCGAUUAUUAUUGACUCCCGAAGUGUGCUUGAACGCGUAAAGAAGUGCAAUCUUAAAUCUUUUAUUGUACCCUUACAUCAUAGAGGUGCUAAAUUUAUUGCAAACGGUUUACGAGUCCGGUUUUGAGGUAAUCCUGGUUUGGGUUCAGGGGCACGUCGGCGUACUGGGUAACGAGGAAGUGGAUGAACUUGCUAGAAGUAUCGCGACAGUUCUCCACGCUCAUGGUCAGAUUAAGAAUGGACCAUGCAUUAAUCGUGACAUGAUUCCGAGGGUCCCCCUAGACCUCCAUAAAACGAGUCACUGGACUUCUGGCUCGCAGAAGAACCUCCUUAUUUACAUCCUAUCUUUUUGUUUCCUUUUAGGUUUUGCUUGUUACUGUAUUGAAUUGAAAAUAAGAGAAAAAAAUCCACGGGGCAGGAUAGGAGCUGAAGAAAUAUAGCAAACUAAACUAGAACCUCAGCUGCUGGAGUAUGAUAUGGACCAAAAUUUAAACUCCAAACCCAUACCUGAAGAAAUAAUAAUUAUGAAGUAUGCAACCCAAUUUACGCAAUUUUGUAAUUUUGGUUGCCUAAAUAUUAUCAAUAAAAGUCGUUACUAUGGCAUUACUAUUAUUGACAAUUAAAUAAAAUUUCAACAUAAAAGACUACCCAAUUCCCCAAUGUAUUAAUAAGUGGAUUUUAAGCAAAAUUUACUUGUUUGGGGGUAACUAUUAAGGAUUUAUUUUAUGUGGUGCUGAAAAAUUAUCAAGUUCCAUAAAAAAAAAAUCAAUGUACUUACCCAAAAUUUACCUAAUUGGGGUGUAAAAUAAUUUUUUUGCAUGGUGUUUUAUUAAAAUUACCAAGUUUUGUGAAAAGUAUCAAAAUGGACACUCCACCAUCUUCACCCAAAGUCUCGGGAGUUUCCCCAAAAAGAAUUAAUAUCGUCGAAGUUCAGAAACAUACAUGGGAGAGUAAAUCAUUAAGAAAGAUGAUAUGUGAGGAUGAAUUGGAAUCUCAAGAAAUAGAAUCUGAAGAAAUUGAGUAUCCAAUGGAGGAAAUCGAGCCAAAAUUAAUAUUUGAUAAAACUCCCAGUGUAGUAAACGAAAAUUUAAAAAAGAAACGAAGAAUUUCAUUUAAAAAUAAAUCAACGACAAGCUCACUUCACGUUACUAUUUUAACCGAAUGUUUACGAAAAUUACAAAUUUUAGGGAUUGUUGGACCUAAAGCUCCGGGUGAUAUAAACCAUUUAAAAUCAUUUUUUAAAACCCACAAAGAUUUAAUGAAAUCUCCGUUUUACAACAACACCACAAAAUAUAAUUUAGAUCGCCUCUUUAUUGAAGAUUUAAUUUCCACCGCAAUAAAAGACAUUUCCAUCAACAACAACACCACCAAAUUUAAUAAAUUAACCAGCAAACUUUUCAACGAAAGCACCGAAAUGUUAGAAACACUCAACAGCUCGACGAUAAUGAAAGUACGAGUUGGAAAUUUAUCGUUUGAGGUUGAUGAUAAAAAAAUGAGAAUGAAAGAAGAUAUUGAAACGCUUAGUAAUAAAUUAGGACGUCUUAAAGAUGCUUAUGAAGAUACAUUAAUUGAAAAUAAAAUUAAAACUCGUUAUGUUACAAAAUGGGAAGAAGCAAGACAAUUUCAACACCGAAUGAAAUUAAAACUACAACGAGAACAAAUCAAAAAAGAUUUGGAAAGAACCCAAUUAGCUCAAUUGGAAGAAAAUUUAAUUCACGAACAAAUAGUUUCGUUUCAAACCGCCAAAAUGGCCGAUUAUUGGAAAGCAAUUGAAAAGUGGUCGAAUAAAUUCGAUAUUGAUCUAUCACAAAUGCAUACAAAGAUUCAAUUGGCAAUGAGGGACAAAGAAUUUGUACAAGACCAAAUUGAAGUGUUAACAAAAAAGUAUAAUUCUCAACAAAAAGAAAUUAUAGAUUAUUUAAUCGCAAGGAAAUUACGCGAAGAAAAAGAAAAAUUAUUUAUAAUACAAUCUCGGGCCGCCACUAAAAUACAAGCUUGGUGGAGAGGAACGAUGUGCCGUCAUGGUUGGGGACCGUAUCGUAAAAAGAAAGGAAAAAAGAAUGGAAAAUCCGAUAAAAAGAAAAAAUAAGAUUUUUUUUAUAAAUUAAAUAAAUAAUUACAAUUCCCAAAUAAGUUUAACAUUUUCUAAUAUAUCUUUAGUACUGGCUUGUUUAUAAAACAUGAAGUAACCUUGAAUUUGAGCUGGGCUUACGUUUUUGUUAAACUUUGACAACUUUAAAUUCUUUUGUAUAUAAUUUGACUAAAACCUUGAUAUAACGAAUUAAUAGGGGGGAAGGCAGUGACCGUUAUAGCUCAAUAAAAAUAUAGAAUAAUCUAGCGCUGAAUAUCAAACAAAACUAGACUAAUACUAGCACUAGAUCUAACACUAGAGCUAGAACUAGAAACAUUCCGUUUAGCUG